AACCGGCAUUCAGAAUUUCGCGGAAUUUUCAUCGUUGAGGAAAAAAAUAAUAACAUAAAAAAUUCCCCUGGAGUUCUGGAAUUGACGUGAGAAUGUUUGCCUCAAGUACACAGAGGAAACACUGGAUGUACUCCGACGAGAGUGAUCUCACCGCCCUGAGGGAGAAAACCAAUGCACAAUUUAUCAGGAAAUAUGGAGCUCACAUGCAACAAGAGCAGCGAGAGCAAUUUUUCCUCUCGGAUAUCGAGGAGAGAGCACUGGUGCGAUUUUACGAACUGCAGCUGCGAGAUUUCUGCAAGAGAUUCUCACCCCAGAUGCCCAGAGCAACGAUAGCCACUGCUCUCCACUAUUUCAAACGUUUUUACCUGAGGAACAGCGUAAUGGAUUAUCACCCCAAGGAGAUCCUGGUCACAUGCGUUUAUCUCGCUUGCAAGGUGGAAGAAUUCAACGUUUCAAUCUCUCAAUUCGUAGCUAAUUUGAAGGGAGACAGGGAAAAGGCCUCAGACAUUGUUCUAAACAAUGAAUUACUCCUGAUGCAGCAAUUGAAUUACAAUUUAACAGUUCAUAAUCCAUUCAGGCCCGUGGAGGGACUGAUGAUUGACAUAAAGACUCGUUGUACUGCUCUCGAAAAUCCGGAGAGACUCAGACCCCACAUCGACGAUUUUCUGGAGAGAGUAUUUCUAACUGACAGUGUUCUUCUCUAUGCACCGAGCCAAAUAGCUCUGGCAGCUAUUCUGCACGCAGCUUCAAAAAUCUCAGCCAAUUUGGAUAAUUACGUGACUGACAUUCUGUUCUCUCGAGAGCAGUUAGAAGGGAUCAUCGAAGCUGUUCGAAAAAUAAGGACAAUGGCAAGAACACUGAUCGACGUCCCAGGGAAGGACGUGGUGAAAUCCCUGGAGAAGAAACUCGAGAAAUGUCGAAAUCAGGAGAACAAUCCUGACAGUGACAUCUACAAAAGGCGAAUGCAGGAGAUGCUGGACGAGGAGGACAUGCACGACAACGAGAAGUAUGCGAAGAUAAUUCAGGAUCAGGCAGCCCACGACGAGAAGACUCUCGGUGUCAGGGGCUUGGGGUCGCCGUCCCUAUAGCCCCCAGUUGUGCACGAACUCAUCGAUCUAACUUGAAAUUCACUCUCGUUGUUUCACGGAGCCCUUUGUUACCAGAAAAAUCAGCAAUCUAUUUAUUUUCUCCCUUCAGUCCUUCCUUCUUACAACAGUAAUUAUUAUUGAUCACUCGGCAGUUCUGUUGUUGCUUAAAAUGCAAGUAUAAAACGUUUCAUCUUAA